AUGGCAGUAAAGUCCAUUAACGACGAGGGACAUUUCCAGGCGGAAUUGUCGGCCGCUGGUGGUAAGCUUGUCGUUGUCGAUUUCACAGCGACCUGGUGCGGUCCGUGCCGCAACAUUGCUCCACUGUUUGAGCAACUGCCGAGCAAAUAUCCGAAAGCCGUGUUCCUUAAGGUAGACGUAGACAAAUGUUCCGAUACGGCAGCGACUCAGGGGGUUUCCGCGAUGCCAACUUUUAUCUUCUACCGUGCCAGGACCAAAAUCGAUCGUCUACAGGGAGCAGACAUAAAUGGGCUCGAGGCAAAGAUACAGAAACAUUAUGCGGCGAGUGCAGAUGAAUCCGGAGAAGACUACGGUCAGGGAAUGCUUGAUCUCAACACCUUUAUCCAGAAGAAUCAGUGUGAGUGCUUAAACGAAGCGGAUGACCAUCCGUGGACGAAUGCGCUUACCGCAACCGGAGGCCAUUUAGCGUCCGACUGUGAUGAGCAGCUCAUCAUAUCGAUUACCUUCAACCAGGUGAUAAAAUUGCACUCGUUGAAAAUCAAAGCACCUCCGACACACGGGCCUAAGAACAUCAAGCUGUUUAUUAAUCAACCGCGCACGCUCGAUUUUGAUAUGGCCGACUCGUACGUAUCGGUGCAGGACCUGGAGGUCGAUCCGAAAGAUCUGGAAGCGGGAAAUCCAAUCAAGCUGCGGUUUGUCAAGUUCCAGAACGUGCAGAACAUUCAGCUGUUCGUGAAGGACAAUCAGUCCGGUGGCGAGACGACAAUCAUAGACCAUCUGGCCUUCAUCGGGCAACCGAUAGCGACGACGAAGAUGGACGAUUUUCAGCGGGUGGCCGGAAAGAAGGGCGAAAGUCACUGA